CCUGCGGCGUAGACAUGGACUCGUACGAUCUGUUUGGCGAAGAUGUUAGUGGCUCGAUGCUCGAUGCUCUUCCUGACCUCGGGGGGAACGAUCAUUUUGACCCUGCAGGCUCGAAUAACUCUGUGGUAGUAUCUAGAGAUGGUUCAAACCCUGGCGUUAAUGGAGGAGGGAGUUACAUUAGUCAAUCUUAUAUAUCUCAAGAAUCUCCGCUUCAAAAAUUAACUUCAUUCGGCGGAUCUGAAUUUGGAAGUUCUAAUCAAUUACAAAAUCCAACGCAACAACGCAACAUGUUUAAUCAAAAUCUUGGAACGUUCGAUAGUGGCGCCCCACAACGUGCCAUGGUGCCGGGAGCCUUCCAAAAUCAAGCGAGGAACAUGGCACCGCAACAUAGAGGGCCUCAUCCUGGAAGUGGAGGACAAUAUCCUAAUUAUAAUGAUAAUAUGUAUUCAAUGGAACAGCAGCAUUCAAUGACUAGAGCAAAUAUGUCUAUGGAUCCAAGUAUGCAAGGUUGGCCGGGUAGUGGUGGUGCUUAUCCACAAAUGCAAAGACAUUAUAAUCAGAUGGCACCGCAACCUGCUACUUAUAGACAACAUAUGCCUCCGCAGUAUUCUCAUCAACAAGACCAAAGUGGAGUUAUGAAUCAAAAGUUACAGCAACAACAACAGCAGCAACAUUUUGGUAAUCAACAAGGUAUGAUAGGAAAUAUGGGGGUACCGCAUCAAGCGAUGCAAGCUGGUGGAACAGGAAGUGUUUAUCAGCACAUGGUUGGGCAGCAACAGCAUUACCAGCAAGGAAAUUCUGUAUCGAUGUAUCAAACUUCUCCUGGUUAUCCAGGUUUUGCCAUGCAUCAACAACAACAACAGCAGCAGCAGCAACAACAACAACAGCAGCAGCAACAGCAGCAGCAAGCUCAGCAGCCUCCGCAAAGGAUGCCGCAUCAUCAUCCUUCUCAUCCGAGUCAUCAGACGCAUCCUUCGCACCCUCAGCAAUAUCCUCAGCAUUCACAGCAUCCCAAUACACAACAGCAACAACAACCACAAAUGGACCCGCAAUAUCCUCAUCAUGCGAGCUCCAUGUUCAAUCAGCCACAACAUUCUGGACCGACCACGCAGUUCGGCACGGCCAAACAUGCCACGAGUCCUCAAUACCGUGCAACUUUUCCCCAACUGUCACCACAAAUGUCUCCUAGGCCUCAGAUGUCGCCAAGACCGCCGGCAGUACAGCAACAGAUGUCUCCUAGACCGAUUAUGUCGCCAGCCAAACCUAAUACAUUGUCUCCCCAUCCUCAUGUUCAACUUCCGCAUCAACCAUCAAACCAACCUGGUCCAAUGUCCGUAUCACCUUGUCCUCCGGCUGCAAUGCAGAUCAAUUCAUCUUCUCAACAAACUACUCUUCAAGCAUUGGAACAAAUGGUGAUACCAGGCGUUGCCGCAACGAACACGAACGUUCCGAAUCAGGAUUACAAUCAGUUUCAACCACGUCCAGCGAUGCCUCAAACCCCAACUGUAUUAUCUCAAUCUACCGCACAAAAUUCGAUGCCACCUAUCACAGGUCCCAGAAUGCCGUUGCCUGCUCAGUGGUCGCAUCCGCAACAACAACAGCCGCAAAUAAGGCCAAGUAUAAAUGAAGAUAGAAAUAUAGUAGAAGUUCAACCUCCAGCAUCCGAACCGAGCGCACCGAUGUUUCCGGUGACUGGAACAGAAACUAUUCACAGCGUUGCGGAAGCUACGACCAGAGAGUCUACGGAUCCUAUUCAUAACCCGAUCGAGCCACCUAAACAGGAAAACGAGGUACUGCAUCAGAAUGUACAAGAUCAACAGCAGGAUGUGCUGAAUCAACAGCAGGCUGACACUUUGAUGCAGAAUAGCUCACAGAAUAAUUCACCUUUGGAACACACGUCCGGAACCAUCACUCAAAUGGAAACUGUACAGACUUUACCAGCAUCCAGUACAAAUGGAAACGUUGAUUGUUCGACUGUACCAACGUUACCCCAACAACCAGCGCCGAGUCAAAUUCCGAAUCCUGUACCUACGAUUGAAAGUCAGAACACUUGUGAUACGAACCAGCACGAUCAACAUUUAGAGAUAACUUCAGCGAAUCGUCCGCCGGCCAAUACUACGCCGACAAUUUCUCAGCAACCCGCGGUUGUUAGUAGUCAAACAGCACCACAACAGCAACCUAUUAAUUGUCCGCAGCAACCGGUACAACAAAUGCAUAUGAAUCCACCCACGGUAGCACCAACACAGCAAUCUCCAGUACAAUCUCAGCAGUCGUUGCAGCCUCCGCAACAACCGCAAAUGAGUCAGGUACAACAACCUCAGAUGAGUCAACAACCUCCUCCGCAACAGCCCCUGAAUCAACAGCAGAUUCAGCAGAUAAAUACUCCUCAACAACAACCUCCACCACCACCACCACCACCUCAACAGCCGUCACAACCUCAGCCGACUCCACCGUGUGUAACGCAAGUACAGACGACACAGCAAUCUCAGCCUCUCAUGACCCCGCAAGUUGCUAUAAUGCCUCAGAAUCCGCCAUUAAUUCCACCCCAGAUACCGCAUCAGCCACAGUUGCAAUCCUCUGUACAAAACCCGACGCCACAGUUACCAACUCAAACUAAUCCAGUACCACCGACGCAUUUAAAUGGCCAGCAAAUACCUACGGUUAACCAGACCACUGGUAUCGUACUGCCUCCUCUUCAGGCUGCAGUACCAGUGCCGAAUGCGCCACCACCGCAUCAAGUUCAGCCAGGUUUCACGGAAUACACAAACAUUCCGAAAAAUAAUAUAUACCCUAACGAAAUGGUUGUGGGUUCUGGUCAGCAAUAUCCUCCUGGUGGCGACAUUGUCAGUGGUAGUACCUUACCGACUAUGUAUAAUAUACCGCAAAAUCCCACAUCGACAGGAGUUACAUCGGCUGGAGUUACAUCGGCUGGUUUUGGUACUUCUUGUACCCCUGUUACGCACCAUCAAGAAAGGGCUGCGUUGCAACAGCAAUUGCAAGAAUUGUACUGUAUGCCUCCAGCUUCCGAGAAUCAAGAGAAGAUUGUUGCUCUACAAGAAAAGUUACAGGCAUUACAGCAACAUGAAACUAAUGACCAGUGUAACGGUGGACCUCAAUGCAUAUUACAAACUCCUAUGUUUACAGCCGCUGUAGUUGAUAGUCCGCAGGUUUCAAGUACCACUGGUCGUGGUCGUGGUAAAGGUACACCAAGAACUAAAAAAAGUCGGAAGAAAGCUGAUAAAGAAGCCGUUGCUCCUGCGCCGAUUACUCAGCAACAGCCGGAACAACCGGUAUCAGACAAUCAAGUCACACCUGGAGAUAGUAGUAAUAUUGUUGAUAGCGCGGCCGACUCGGAGGACAUUAAGCCAUCGUCUGGUGAUAUGGAGGAAGAAUGGAAUAAAGGUAGAAAGUCUCGACCACCUAGGAAACCACGUAAACCGAAGGAGCCGAAGGAACCGAAAGAGCCAAAAGAACCGAAAGAACCGAAAGUUAAGAAGGAGCCGAAACCUCCGAAGGAAGCGAAAUCUCCUAAAGCACCGAGAAAGAGAAAUAAAGACAAGGAUUCAACGAAACGUAACAGGAAAAAAGCCACUCAGUCUGAAUCGGCCGACGAUGAAGUUGUACAAGAGACAGAAGAAACGACAGUUUCAGAUUCAAGUGCAGUUAAGGAAGCAGAUGCAAAACCGUCUGAACCGUCCAUUCAAGGUGAUCAAGAACAAGUGGAUUCUUCUACUACCGAACCUUUAGUAAUUGAAACGAAAGAAGAAGGUAAACAAAAAGGGGAAUCGGAAGAUAACUCUACGGAUGACAAGAAAGAAGAGAAUUCGGAGGCUGCUCCUGCUACAGAAACUGCUACUCCUAAUAAAAAGAAGGCUGCUGCACGAAAAAGAUCCAGUGUUGGGAAAGUCUCAGCGGGAAAAUCACCGAGAAGUGCGAAAAAACGUAAAAGUCGAAUUGCACCUGACUCUGAUGGUGAGGAACUAGCAGCUACACCGCCACCAUCACCGGAAGCUGGCGAUGACAAUAAAAGGCGUUCUGCGAGAAAUACGCAUCGUAAGAAGUAUGUCGAUGAUGUGAUGCUUAGAUUCUCUGACGACGAUGUACCUCUUCAAGAUGCUCAGCUUUCGAAAAAAGUUGAGGGUGUGAACGCAGCAAAACCUGUUUCUGUGAAAAAAGAGAACGAAGGUGGCGAUGUUGGGCCAAAUAAGCCUAAUUUUGUGUAUAUAAAUACAACGGAUGAAGAUUCUAUGGUAGUACAGCACAUAUUAUGUUCCCGUAUGGGAAAAAGAGAAAUUAAGCCACCAGCCCCAGAGGUAAAGGCGGAAUCGUCAACCGAGAAGGAUGAUAAUGCAUCAAAUGCAGCAUCCGAUACUAAGAAUAAGGACGAAGAAACUGACACAAAGGAAGAAGCAUCCGAGAAAGAAUCCGAAACAGAGAAUAAAGAUGAGAAAGACAAUGAAACAUCGGAAGAAAAAAAAAGCAGCAGUGACACUGAAGAGAACGUUGUAAAAGAAAAGAGUAAAGAGGAGGAGGAAGAAGAAGAAGAAGAGGUGACCGAAUCCAAGCAAGAAGAUGCUGUGGCUGAAGUGAAACCCCUAAUAGUAGAAGUAGAAGAGUAUUUCGUUAAAUAUAGAAAUUUUUCAUAUUUGCAUUGCGAGUGGAGAACGGAAGAAGAAUUGUAUAAGGGUGACAAACGAAUCCAAGCCAAACUGAAAAGGUUCAAGCAAAGGCAGCAACAAAACACCAAUAUUUUCGAGAAUACUGAAGAUGAUCCAUUUAAUCCGGAUUUUGUGGAAGUCGAUCGAGUACUGGACGAGGCAACACACACUGAUCCAACAAGUGGAGAAACAUUGAAACACUAUUUAGUUAAAUGGCGAUCUCUUCAAUACGAGGACUCUACUUGGGAGUUAGAAGAAGAUGUCGAUCCAGAAAAGAUAGCUCAAUUUGCAAAAUUUAAUAAAUUACCUCCGAAAGAUCAGUGGAAGCCGAAGAAGAAACCAACCGCAUCUCAAUGGGUAAAAUUGGAUGAGUCACCAAUUUACAAAAGUAACAAUAGUUUACGACCGUAUCAAUUAGAAGGUCUCAAUUGGUUGUUGUUUUCAUGGUAUAACGGGCAUAAUUGUAUUCUUGCGGAUGAAAUGGGUUUAGGAAAAACUAUUCAGUCCUUAACAUUCGUGGACUCGGUGUACAAGUAUGGAAUUCGUGGACCAUUUUUAAUAAUUGCGCCACUUUCAACCAUUCCGAAUUGGCAACGUGAAUUUGAAAGUUGGACCGACAUGAAUGUCGUAGUAUAUCAUGGAUCCGCAGCAAGUCGGACUAUGCUUCAGGAAUAUGAAGUUUAUUACAAAAACGACAAAGGACAGCAGAUUAAAGAUUUAAUCAAAUUUAAUGUACUGAUAACUACAUUUGAAAUAAUUAUAACAGAUUUUAAUGAAUUAAAAGGAUAUAACUGGAGGCUUUGUGUUAUAGACGAAGCUCAUAGGCUAAAAAAUAGAAAUUGCAAGUUACUGGAGGGUCUUAGGCAAUUAAAUUUAGAACAUAGAGUGCUUUUAUCUGGCACACCGUUACAAAAUAAUGUUAACGAACUCUUUUCAUUACUGAACUUCCUUGAACCACUUCAGUUCUCUAGUAGCGAAGCAUUCCUUAAAGAAUUCGGGAAUUUGAGUUGUGAAAGUGAAGUUCAUAAGUUGCAACUUCUUUUGAAGCCAAUGAUGUUACGUCGACUUAAAGAGGAUGUUGAGAAAUCGUUAGCUCCAAAAGAGGAAACUGUUGUUGAGGUGGAAUUAACAAAUAUACAAAAGAAAUAUUAUCGCGGUAUUCUAGAACGAAACUUCUCUUUCCUUGCGAAAGGAACCACAUCAGCUAACAUUCCGAAUCUCAUGAAUACAAUGAUGGAACUAAGAAAAUGUUGUAUUCAUCCAUUCCUACUUAAUGGCGCUGAAGAUCAAAUACAAUUGGAUUACAAGACUGGUGAGAAGGAAGAUUCAGAGGCUUACUAUCACGCACUAGUAAACAGUUCGGGGAAGAUGGUAUUAAUUGAUAAGCUACUGCCGAAACUGAAAGCCAGUGGACAUAGAGUAUUAAUAUUUAGUCAGAUGGUGAAAUGCUUAGAUCUGUUGGAAGACUACCUAUUAUACAAAAAGUAUCCAUAUGAAAGAAUUGACGGUCGUAUUCGUGGAAAUUUACGACAAGCCGCAAUCGAUCGUUACAGUAAACCUGAUUCUGACAGAUUUGUAUUUCUGCUUUGUACCAAAGCUGGCGGUCUAGGUAUUAAUCUUACAGCAGCUGACACUGUAAUUAUAUAUGACAGUGAUUGGAAUCCACAAAAUGACUUGCAGGCACAAGCACGAUGUCACCGAAUUGGACAACAGAAAAUGGUGAAAGUGUAUCGGUUGCUUUGCCGCAACACUUACGAACGGGAAAUGUUUGACAAAGCUUCAAUGAAGCUUGGAUUAGAUAAAGCCAUUUUACAGUCGAUGAAUACGAGUCAAGGGGGUAAAGAUCCUAGUAACAAACAAUUAACUAAAAAGGAAAUAGAGGACCUAUUAAAAAAAGGUGCUUAUGGUGCUAUUAUGGAUGACGACAAUGCUGGAGAUAAGUUCUGCGAAGAAGAUAUAGAACAGAUACUUGAACGAAGAACACAAAUCAUUACCAUAGAAGCGGAGAAAGGGUCGACGUUCUCAAAGGCCAGUUUCGCGUGUUCAUCUAAUAGAACGGAUAUUAAUAUCGACGAUCCAGAUUUUUGGAAGAAAUGGGCGAAGAAAGCAGAAAUCGACACGACAGAGAAAAAAGAAGAGGACGAACUGGUGAUAUCGGAGCCAAGACGGAGGACGCAAAUUAAACGAUACGGUCAUGACGAAUCGGUUGUCAUGUCGGAUCUCGAUAGUUCAGAUGAUAAUAGCGACGAUGAAACAAGUAGUGGGUUGACAGGUAGAGGUAAAAAACGAAGAGACAAGUUUGGUAAGAAGACACGGAAAUUCUGCGACGAGUACGUGCCACGCGAAGGUGAAGUGGUAUAUGGCAGUUGGGCACGAAGCGAAUGCUUCAAAGUGGAGCGUGGUUUGCUCACGUUCGGCUGGGGUCGAUGGGAAGAAAUUCUUCAACAUAGUCAGUUUCGUCGAGGCUGGCGCGAAAUCGACGUGGAGGACUGUGCACGUGUGAUUCUGCUAUACUGCCUUCGUUACUAUCGCGGCGACGAGAAAAUCCGGAAUUUUAUUUUGGAUCUUAUCACGCCCGUGGAGAAUGGAGAAAAGGUUAAGAAUGUGUGCGUUAACACUGGCGGGCGGAACAGCAGACAGAAGAAAAAGGGCCGGGUCAGAGAAGGUAGAGAAACACGGGGAUCGGUUGUCAACGGAGGUCCAGCCGAUCCGAAUCACUGGAGUAACGCUGAGAAGUAUGACGGGGAUAUAUUCCUGGAAAGUAAUUACAGGAAACAUUUAAGUCGUCAUGCGAAUAAAGUAUUACUACGCGUCCGAAUGCUUUACUAUAUUAAACAUGAGAUCAUCGGGGAUUUAGUUCAGCACAUUUCUGACGGUGUUCAUGUCAGUGCGUUGCGGAUAAACCCUCCACAGUUGACGGAACGACCAGUGAAAUGGUGGGACUCGCAAGCAGAUAAAUCCUUAAUAGUUGGCUGCUACAAACAUGGCUACGAGAAUUACGAGCAGAUGAGGAUCGAUCCCGCUCUCUCUUUCAUUACAAGCUGCCCUCCCCCUUCCCAGUCUCAGACCACACAGAGCAACAGCAGCAGCAGAGACGACACUAGCUUGGAGAAUGACAUGGACGAUGGCGAGUCUCUUGGAAUGAUGAAAGAUUUGAAAGAUUCUGAUAAAUUUAGUCGCGAAACGCCGAUUGAUUCGCCUGCUAUAUCCAAUAAGGCAGACACGCCUGUACCGGAACCUAGCAGCAGUCACGAGGGAAACGAUGGUCUGCUAGACGAUGAAAAGACUUGGCCUUCCGUGGUUGACCUCAACACACGUUUACGUCGAGUUAUAUCGUCUUAUCAACGAAGUGUAAAGAACGUAAAGGACGAUGUGAAAAUGUUACAAAAAUCUAAAACAGGAAUGGAAGGAGACACAACCAUCAAUCAUACUCCUCCUAUGAACGAACCACCUUUAAAUAUGCAAGGCUGGGAUUUACAACAACUUGCUAUGUAUCUUUUGAAAAUGGAGAGAAGAGAGAAAAUGGAAGCUAUGGUGAAGGAAAGAGAACGAAAUCGUAUUGAAGAACAGAAAGCAAAAUGGUCCCGUCGCGAGGAAAGCGAAUUUUUACGUGUUGUAUCGACGUAUGGUGUUAAUUAUGAUAGGAAAAAGGCACAAUACGAUUGGACGAAAUUUAAGAGUAUUGCUAGAUUUGAUAAGAAAACAGACAACGAUCUUACAGAUUAUUAUAUGUCUUUUAGAGCAAUGUGUAAGAAAGCAUGUAACACUAAGUUGAACGAUGAAGAAGGCGCUAGGGUAUUUAAACAUUAUGUGUAUAUCUCAUUAUCUCAUCCUCACUUGGAGGAACGGCUUUCAUUGUGUCAACCGUCAGGUGACACACCUGACUGGUGGCAACCUGGAAAACACGAUAAAGAGUUGCUGCUUGGAGCUGCAAAGCAUGGCUUAGGGCGUACCGAUAUAACAAUUUUAAAUGAUCCCGAUUUUUCAUUUCAUAAAAUUCUAAGUUCGAAAAUGUACAGUAAUAUCCAGACACCUAAAAUUUUGGAUAAGUCUGAAAAAGCAAUUAAAAUUGAAAACAGAGAGGAUAUAUUGAAGUUCGAUAAAGAUGAAAUACUUGUGAAAUUGGAGAAGGGUGAAGGUACGUUGAAGAUAGAAAAAGUGGGCGCGAAGAAGGAUAAAGAUACAAGCGCGUCAGACAAGAGAAUAGACAUUGUAGAUUCUGAGAAGAGUCAAGUUGAGCUAACUAUCAUCAAGGCGGAAAAUAAAGUCGAAGAAAAACCUAUAAGUAAUGCGUUAACAAUUACAACCGUUCCAAGGACUAUGUCACUGGAAAAAGAGCCUGUAACGAAAGUAAAAACUGAGGAGAAAAACGAAAUAGUAAUAGAAUCGAUAAAAACUGAAGUUCCUAAAGGUGAUCAAGUUACAGGAACUGAUAAGGUGGAUGAAACGAAAGUAAAUAACGCGACGCCAAGUGCUGAAGAAACAACAGCUACCGCUACGACAGAAACGGAAAAGGAAAGUCCGAUUACAGAAAACGAUGUAACAAAAGAAACAGAAAAGGAAACGCAAGAAGAAAAAGUUGAAGAACCAGAAGCCUCAGAAGUUGUAUCAGAGACCAAUGAAAAGAAUGUAACAGAACAAAAAGACGCGACAGAGACAACCGAAAAAUCGGCAGAAAAUACUGAAACUGCAAUAGUAGAGGAUAGUAAAACGAAUAUAAAAGCUGAUCCUCCAGUUGUUAAAGAGGAGGCAACCGAAACGCAAGAAGGAAAACCGAUAGAUACGUCUAAGGAUAAGAAAGUGUGCAAAAUCGAGGAUAAAUGCAGCGUUCAAGCAGCCGAACUUAAAGCAAUGUUUCCUGAUUUGGAGGUUAUACAGCCGUUAUCGCGAUUGACGCAAAUCGAUACUUUCGUUCUUCGCGACAAGCCAGUAGAUUAUAACGAACCCACGGUUGUGCAUCUUUUGUCGCACAAUUGUAACAACGCUGUGAAAUGGCCAAAGGAGCAUGCUAUCGAAGCUCGUUUAAUGCAUAUCGUUCAUGCGAUCGAACACAAAGAAUGGCCUGUGUCUGUAAACUUCAGUGCUGGUGAGGAAGUAGAUAUUCCAUCAAACGAAAAAGAAUGUUCCGAAGUAAUAACUAUAACAACAGACCACGGAGUAUCACGUAAUACAACAUCAGGGAAUAAUAUGCCACUAUCGAAGAAACGGAAGAGACAUAUUGCUAUUGAUGUAGAGACUGAACGAGCAAAACUUCAUGCUCUUUUGAAUAGUAGCCAUACAUCCACACAACCACCUACGGCUUUAAGUAAGCCUACAGUAUUAUCUGGAUCUAAUACGUGGGAAAUGAAUGAUGAAUCACAGUCUGAAGAAUCGAGACGUUCUACACCGGUUCAGCCACCUCCAGCACAUCAACAAGCACGAACUCCGGGGAUACCUUUCGACUUGAAGUAUACGGUUCCUGGAAAACCGACUGUAAUUCCUGGGACUUCGAGUACAUUAACACCCAUCGACUUAUCUGCUGGGUAUCCAAAACCGACUACUGAUAGUAGUAAAGAUAUUAUGAAUGAGGUUCAAGACUUUUCAAUGCCAAAUAAAAAUAAACAAAUUAGUAGUAAUAAAGGAAAAUUAGAUAGUAUGUUAGAUAAACUAAUGAAGAGAAAAGGUGGUCCACCGGAUGAACCUGUCAUUGGAAAGGAGAAGAAGCGUAGAAAGCUUGACGAAAUAGUACUAGGACUGAGUGCGGCAAAGGAACAACAAAGCACUCAUUAUCCGGAACACAGUAAAAAGAGUACAAUUACGCCGAAUGUGACGGUUACUCCAACAUCAGCACCUAUGGGUCUUCCGAAUCCUCCGACGAGUACCCAGAAACCUUUUUCGAUUACCGUUACUUCGAUUCCUUCUUCGCGAGCGUCGAGCUCCACGUCUUCAUUACCUCCUCCGUCUUUACAUUCGCACAAAGAUAGUUUCUCUGCUUUAAUUGCUCAAGCGGAGCAACAAAAUCGUGAAUUUAAGAAACAGCAGCAGCAACAACAGCAACAGCAGCAGCAACAACAGCAGCAGCAACAGCAGCAACAACAACAACAACAACAGCAGCAGCACCAGCAGCAGCAGCAAAGUUUCAAUUCAGCGCAUUCGUCGUCAAGUAGUCAUAGAAAGAGUUACGAAGCAAUGAUUGCGGACAUCAACAAAGUUGCUGAAUACUCUUCUAAAAUCGGAUCGUACUCGCACGAAGCGAAAGUAAACAAAUGGUUAGCCGAACAAACUGCCAUGUCCGAGCAGCUGAGUGCAGAAUAUUUAAACGCACCCAGACGGCGACGACCACGCGUUGAUCCAUCCUUGCUGGACUGGAAAAAAUUAACGGGCGAAGAAAAUGUUGCUGUGAUUAAUAGAAUGACUGGCAAAAAGGUUACUGGAAGCAAGGCCCCACAACUGAAACGUCUAGGACAAUGGUUGAUGGAAAACCCAAUGUUCGAUGUGGAUCCAAAGUGGGCCGAACUUGUGAAAGAACGUGGGAAUCUUCCUCACGAUUUGCAGAAGAGAUUAUCAGGAAAUGAUAGAAGUAACGUAGGUAAGGGUAAGAGUCCAGGAAGACCGCCCAUGAUGCCAAGCCCUACUAGUCAGCAGUCUGCGAGUCAAGCCAAUCUGGCAGCUACAUCGAUGGCUUCAGGCCUAAACUUCCCUUCCUUGGGUAACUUGAACAACUCUCUUCUGUCUGGUCUUUCCCUUGGCAAUUUCGACCCGAAGAACAAUCCUCUUCUAAUGCCGUUCGGUGGUUUACCAAAUUUGGGCGCAUUAAGCGGGCUGGGCAACCUCAGUAACCUAAGUAACAUGAGUCUAACGAAUUCUUUAUUCGCAAAUCUUGCUGGACUUGGUUUACCAUCGUUAGCGGGUAUGGAAGCUGCCUUGGGCGCAACAGCAGCGACUAGCACGGCUGAUACGAAUCCAGUCGUUAGUUCUGUCAGCAGUAAAAAUACUGGCUCGACGAGCAUUAGCAGCACUGGAAAGUCCCGUAGCAAACUGGAACCACCUACGAGUAAAUCUUCGGUGCCUUCGACUUCAUCGGCAUCGUCUACGAUACCGACAACGACGCCAUUCCCGUUCUUUUUUCCAAAUCCGAGUCUUUUAUAUACGCCGCUCGGUUUGGGUGGUCUGAAUCCAUUCUCCAUGCAACCUGGCGGAGUAUCAUCGGCCUACGAAAGCCUUGCUCAAUGCGGUCUUCUGAAUCCAGCGACUUCAAGCGCAUCAACGGUACGUAAACCAACAUCAUCGGGAAAUAAUUCAAGGCAACGAGACACCAUGAGUGACUCGACGACUAAACGGAAAGAUGCCGAGAAAAAAUCAAGAUAUUCCAUGGACCCUGGAUUAACAUUGCAACAGUACACGGAUAUGGCGGCGUUACACAGCGAAGACAGCAGACGUAGAGUAGAACACGAGAAAAGAGAAGCCAUGGAACAGAACGAUGUAGCAGAUCUUUCCGAGCGAAGACUCGAAAAGAAGAAUAAAGAACAGGAAAUGAAAGAAGCUCUGGAACAUUUAAGCAGAACCAGCGCCGAGCUUUUGACGAGAAAUCUUGAAGAUAUUCAACGAUCGAAUGAAAAGAGAGGUCGCAGCACGGAUUACAGCCACGAGCAGCAACCACCAACAAGCAUGCUUGAGGUGACCCUCGAACCGGUCACCAAAAAGCCACGAAUCGAAAUUGAAGUGACGACAAAACCUAUAACGACCGCUCCAAUUACAACUAUAACACCUGUGGAUGUGUCAGCAGUCGAAGUUGAAUACGGAACGAGGUCUUCGUCUGUCACGAUUAAGCCAACUUUACUAGAAGAAAACAAUGCUAUCACUAUAACUGAAACAUCGCCAAACACUAACAAGAAAGAAACGAAUGAAACAAAUGCUUCGGUAACAACAACUACACUUACACCUGCAACUACAAUCACGCCUACACCUAUACCAGCGCGUACACCCACACCAACCCCAGCACAUACACCGACUACACCUACACCAACAUCCACACCAGUAUCUACACCAACUUCUACACCUACGCCCACCCCUACGUCUAUACUGACACCUACUUCUACGACGCCGGUGACAAUUGUGUCGGAUGAGCCAUCUAUAUCGCAACAAAGCACUAAUAACGCUAAGGGAGAUUCUUCAAAGUUAACGUCAGAAACAGAGGAAGAUAACAAAGGCACUAAAGGGAAAAAAGCACGAAGCGGUAAACGGCUCAGUGUAGAACCUCCACCAGAACGGAAAAAUCUUCGGUCUAGUGCUGGAAGACAAGCAAGAGCAGCAGCAGAACGACAAGCAAGAAUGGAAGGUGAACUUCAAGCUGAUCAGCAGCAAGAGACUCACACAACGAGCGAGUGAAGUGACAACAUUUAAGUGAGUUCGGUGUGAUACUGGUGAUGAUAAUGAUCAAAUCUUCCGUUGUCGCGGCUAUUUUUAUUGCAAUAAUUCUGCAGUAUUCGCACAACGAUAUUUCCAAAAAAAUAAUAAAGAAAGAAAGAAAAGAAACAAAUGGUCGAUCGAUAGACAUUUAAAAUAAAUGACCCAAUGCAUCGACAAUUCUUAGUUAAAUAGAGCACAAGUGCAUUCGAAGAACUUGAAAAAGAAAGAAUGAAAAACAUUUAUAGAAUUUGAUUUCUCCUUCCAGGUUAUAUGGAAGAAGUGGGACAAAUAAUGAGAGGCACGUGUUGUCAUUAGACACGCGCGAAUUACCAUACUGUCAGUGUGAAUGUAUAACAUGAAGCUGUUUAAGUACGAAGGCUGGCAAUAGUAUUUUAUCACUCGAUAUAUUGUGUGGUAAUUAACUUUUAAUUAUAUAACUUUACAAUAACAAAGUAUAGUUUUGUUAAAUUUAUUAUUCUUUAUGAUCUUCAUUGGUUUUGACGAGGGACUGUUUUAUAUAACUGCUAUCACACUAUUGCGUAGUCAUGCAACAGUUCGCGGAUCAUUCAGGCAUAAAAUAAGGUAUAACCGUAAUGUAGCAAAGUAAAUUUAGAAAUAACUUAAUAAAGAAAACAAGAACAGUGUAAAUAUUAUAUACAUUAUGCCUAGAGACCUUAAGCGAUCGUGUACUUGGAAAAAAUGUAUAUAACACAGUGUACUUUUAAUUACAUUAGGUGAUAUAAUAAACAGCUUCUUUUGUUGUUUGCAAAUACCAACAUUAGAAUCUUUGUUUUGAUAACUACUUGCACCUUAAUCAAUGAAC